UGUGUGUUUGUUUGCAUCAAUUCAAUCCGGCGAAUAAAAAUCAAAUUAUUAAUCAAAUAAUCAUGGCAUCAAAAUCGACCAUCAAAUUCUGGUCGACCACAACAUAUAAUAGAUUUCAAUCAUCAAUCUAUCUUUCUUGUUUAUUAAUUGUCUAUCUUUCAUCAUCAUUUGUUCAAUGUCAAUUUAUUAAUACACAAUCGACGGAAAAUUUUCAUAUUGAUAACAAUCAUAAUAAUCAACAAUCAAUAUCCGUACAUAGCCAUGAUUUUAAUGAUAAAACAAUAUUAAAAAAUUCAUCAUCAUCAUCAUCAUCACCAUCCAUAUCAACAUCAUCCAUCAUCAUCAAUACCUCAUCAUUGUUGAUGCCAAAUGAAACGACAACAAUAACAUCGACAUCAUCAUCUUCAACAUUGGCAACCACAGAUGAUCCAUUGGAUCGACAAGAAUCAUCAUUAUAUCAUCAACAACAACAGCAACAACCAUCAAUAAUUAGGAAUGAUGAUGAUAAUGUUGAAUCAAAAAUAAUUCGACAUAACAACAAUGGUGAUGAUGAACUAAAUAAUGUCAAUCAUGGCACCAUCAGUAUGGAAUCGCGAAAACCUGUCGUCAUGUUUGCUAUUUCUAACGAUCUACCAAAAAAUAUUAAUAAUACUCGUAAACAAAUAUCACAUUCAUGGUCGACAUCAUCAUCAGCUGUAUUUGGUUUGCCCGAUUCAAUACAUUCAUCACAGCCAUUAUUUUCAUCAUCUAUUGCUCAUCAUCAAACAUUUCCAUCAUCACAGUCAACGUUACCAGCAUCAUUUAAGUUGGGAAAAAAACUAUUUCGUAAAAAAGUAACGACCAGCAUUGCGGUAACCAAACCAAAUUCAGCAAAAUUACAGCAAUUGAUAACGAAAAAAGAACAAGAUCCUUCGAUAUUUUCGGCAAUCGAAUCACCAAGACAUAGUUAUUGGCUUUCCAAAUCAAAUCCAUCAACAACGAAUCAUUUUUCUCAUUGGUUAAAGAAUUCGACCAUAAUGGAAAAUGUAUUACAACAAUUACCUAGUUCAAUUCGACGACGUUCCGAUCAAUCGACUCCGCUUGUCAUAGCUCCUCCUUUAGAUGCAGUUAAUGUUCCUGGUUCAAAUUCACAGACGCCUAAAUGGUGGUGGGCAAGAUAUCUAGCUAAUGCUGUCAUGAAUCAUUUACAACAAAUAAAACCUCAAUCUACAACAGCUAAUCAACAACAUACAGGCACACCUGGAUCAGAAGGUGCCGAAUCGUCAAAUUCACCUGAAUAUUCGCCAAUGUCACCAGAAUUUAUUGAUAUUUUAAAAGCAAUACAAACUGGCGCCGUUCAAUUGAAUCAAAUAGAAUUGAUACCUGAUGGACCGCCAGAACCAAUGAAUGAACAGUCAAUGUUCAAUGUUCAAACUGAAAUUGGCCUGCCACCAUCACAUCCUCAAUCAGUUGCAAAUCAACCACAACAACAAAUGAUUUUCAAGGAACCAAAUCGAGUGACUUAUACACAAUCUCAACCGGUACAGCCUAUGGUAAGGCAUCAGGCCUCAAUGCUGCAACAUCCACAAUAUGCAACUCAAUCAUUACCACAACAACAACAACAACAAUAUGGACAAAUUUAUGCAAAUCGUUUCUAUCAUCGACGAUCACCACCAACAAUGACAUCAAUGUCCAAUAUUGUUAUGCCUAAUCGAAAACUGUAUCCAUCUAGCUCACGUUUAACAUCAUCACCAUAUUCAUAUUAUGCCUAUCAACAAUUACCAAUUAAAUCGGGCGCAUCAUCUUUUGCUCAAUCAACGAAUAACAAUAAUAAAUACUUACACACGCAACCGGAAGCAUCAUCAUCCAACAACACGGCGGAAGAUUUGUCUAUCAGUCAAUCACAAUCAUCGAUCGGUUCUACUAAAAUCUAUCAAACGCCAUCACAUUCAACAAAUAGUGAUCAUCGAUCAUUCAUACCUUCAUCAUCAUCAUCAUCAUUGAUUGGUAAUAAUUUUUUCAAACAAAAUUUUCUUGUCCGUCCACAACAACAAUCACAGCGAGCAAAUUAUCAUAAUCAAGAUUCAUCGGAUUCAUCACCAUUUGUAGUAAGUCGAAUAAGGCCAUCUAUCCUACAAACAUCGGCAUCAUCGACCACAAAUAAUUUUCAGCCACCAAUCAUAAAAUUCAGUGUCAAAGAUGGCGUCAAUGAAAAAAGUUUCGCUUCACCACAAUCAACGAAUCUUCAAAAAUCGGGUGAAAGUCGAUCGUUUGGUAGUGGAUCAAUGGCUUCAACAUUGUUUGAUGAUGAUCUGGAUAGUAGUGAUUCACAAUCAUCAUUGGAUGAACCUAGACGUAUCAAAAUGGGGUCAUUUCUAAAAUCUAGAUCAUUGUGGCGUUCAGGUGAUCCUAGCCGUGUCAUUCUAGAGAAAUAUGAUAUGAGUGAUAUUUUUUGCAAAACCAAAUUCAAACCAAUGAUCAAUCCACCGAGUGCAGUAUUAGAUAUUUCUCGUAACGGACGACAAUUGAAGCGUUCUUCUUCAAAAAAUGAAGAACAAAAUGUUGCAUCGGAAUCGAAACCAAUCCGGUUUGUAAACUCUGAAUGGACUCCAUUGGCUCCUCCCAAAUUUCGAUUAGCUCGACGAUUAGGCAUUCAAAUCAAUAAAGAUGCAUCACUUGAAAAUCCAAAUGUUACCACAAUACCAACUACUACAGAAAUUGCUCCGAUUCUUGAAAAUGAAACUGUAUUGUCUCGUUCAAAACGACAGGUUGCUGCAGUCAAUCCCAGUGAAUUGGAACGUAUUAUAGGAAAUCUGCCUGAAGGUGCUGUUAUUAAAAAAAUUGAUCCGGCUACUACUGAGUUAUUACUUCGAUUACUUCGAAACACAAAUGCUAGCGAUGAUAUCGAACGAAAAAAGAUUACAAAAGUAUAUUAUAUUUAUUUAGCACCCAAAGCCAACGGUAAUUCAGCAAAUUUAUUCGAUCAAAAUUCUACAUUGAAUCGAGAGGAAUCACCACCACCAUUGGCGAAUAUAGACUACCAAAGAAAUCGACAACCGGCACCAUAUCAGGAAAAUUUUCCAGUCAAUAGGCUAAAUUAUGUUGAUACGCCACGACGACGACCAUUAACAACAACGACGACAACAACAACUGAGGCACCAAUAUUGACGACAUCCCAACCGAAAUUCGUUUUAAAUGAACAAGAUUAUGAAUAUGGUGAAAUACUUUGUGAAGGUAGAUUUAAUGGUGGUGUACCUGAUUUUCGAAAUGAUUGUCGACUAUAUUUUGAAUGUAAUCCACAAACAAUUGAUACGUAUGCCUGUCCCGAAGACCAAAGAUAUGAUAUGGCCCGACAAUUAUGCGUACCAGAAAGAGAAGCUUAUUGUCCACAAUUUUCUCCAUCACAAUCAAUGUCCGUUAGAAACCAAAGAAGAUGAAGGUUUUGUUUUAUUUUCCGUUUGUUUUGUUGAAUUUUUCCACUUCUUCAUCACAUCUUUUAGUCUAUCUACAUAAGAAUCAAAACAAAAA